CGCACCUCUGUUGUGAGAGGACGGAACCGGAGGGAAAAAUUAUCCACGUCUAUCGAACGCUUCCAGUGAGGGACAAUUACACGGAUAUUGCCAUUUCAAUUGAAGCUUUUAAAGGGAAUACACAUUCGAUUUUCUUAAAGAAAAUAACGGAAUUCAUAGUGGCGGGGUAAGUGUAAAUCCUAUUUACAGGACCUAUUUGUUCAAGCAAGGGAAGAAAAUGGAGUUGGAGGACGGAGUAGUGUACCAGGACGACCCGGGGACAUCGGCUAUGAUGUCGGAGCGGGUAUCGGGCCUGGCCAACUCCAUCUACCGCGAGUUCGAGAAACUGAUAGGAAAAUACGACGAAGAUGUGGUGAAAGAACUGAUGCCGCUCGUCGUGGCUGUGCUGGAGAACCUGGAUUCGGUGUUCGCGGAAAACCAGGAGCAUGAAGUGGAGCUAGAACUGUUAAAGGAGGACAACGAACAGCUCAUCACGCAGUAUGAACGGGAGAAAGCGCUGAGGAAACACGCAGAGGAGAAGUUCAUGGAGUUUGAGGACAGUCAGGAGCAGGAGAAGAAGGACCUUCAGAACCAUGUGGGCAGAAUGGAGUCCCACUCCCGCCAGCUUGAGCUCAAGAUCAAGAACUAUGCAGACCAAAUCGGCAGGAUGGAAGAGCGAGAGUCUGAGCUGAAGAAGGAGUUCAACUCACUCCAUCAAAGACACACAGAGAUGAUACAUAACUACAUGGAGCAUGUAGAGAGGAUCAAGCUCCACCAUAUGAGUGUAGUAGAGACUUCAGACUCUGGAACUGUGGGCAGAGUCAGGAAAGAGCGUCCCAUGUCUCUGGGUGUCUUCCCCAUGUCAGGAGGGGGGGCAGUUCUGAACCCUGACCUCCAGGCCAGGUCUGAGACGCCGGGCGCAGAGGCCUGGAGGUUCAACGACCUGGAACAUCCGCGCUCCAAUGCCAGCCUCAAGUUGGAUGCAGACGACCCCCCAGAGAAAAGGGAUGGUUACAGUACGCUGCAGAUCUCUUGGGGGAAUUCUCUCCCAGACGACUGCAAGGACGAGCUGUCGGACCUUGGCCCAAAGUCGGUCACUCCCAUGUCCACCACAGCCUCGGACGUCGCCAUGGAGGGGGAGGGGCCAAACAGUAAGAGCAUGGAGUUGCUGGCGGCACUGGGGAACAGGUCAAUAUCAGUGGGUUUGCCAGAGAACGAGGAUAGCUCAGAGGUGCAUGACAUCAUUGAGUCCACCCCUGAACUGGACAUGGACCUCAGUGGAUACAAAGCAUCCAGCACCCCGACCAAAGGAGGCAUUGGCAUUGAGAACAUGGCGUUUGACCGCAACACAGACUCUCUGUUUGCGGAGCUGUCGUCUGCAGGCAUAGGGGACGUCAUCGGAGACGUGGACGAGGGGGCCGACCUGCUGGGUAUGGGUCGUGAGGUUGAGAACCUGAUCACGGAGAACACACAACUAAUGGAGACAAAGAACGCUCUGAAUGUGGUGAAGAAUGACCUAAUAGCGCGGGUGGAUGAGCUGUCGUGUGAGAAGGAAGUGUUGCAGGGGGAACUAGACGCUGUGACACAGACCAGGAAAAACCUGGAGGAGAAGAACAGAGAGCUGGAGGAGGAGCUCAAGAAAGUGCGUGUGGAGAUGGAGGAGGUGAAAGGGAAGCCAAACGAGGAAGAGGAUAGUGACGUUCCUACAGCCCAGAGGAAGAGGUUCACCAGGGUAGAGAUGGCUAGAGUCCUCAUGGAGAGGAACCAGUACAAGGAGAGACUGAUGGAAUUACAGGAGGCUGUUAGGUGGACAGAGAUGAUCAGAGCCUCCAGAGAAAACCCUUCCCUUACUGAGAAGAAGAAAUCCAGCAUCUGGCAAUUUUUCAGCCGCCUCUUUAGCCCCUCCUCCUCCAGCACGGCAGUGAUGAAGAAGGCGGAGUCCCAGGGGAGGGAGGUGAAGUACAUGCCCCCUGCAGGAGGGGGAAUGAAGAAGAGGAGCAGCACCUUCUCCCAGUUUCCCACCGAGAAGUCCAAGGCCUUCGACUUCCUCAACGAGGAAAUGGACCCGUGCGCCUCUCCGUCCCGUAGGGAGCAAAAGAGGGCCCAGUACAGACAGGUCAAAGCCCACAUGCAGAAGGAGGAUGGACAGGUACAGGCCCACGGAUGGAGUCUACCCAGCAAAUCUAAGGUAGUGAACGGGGGCCCAACAGAGAACAAAGAGAAGAAUCUACCUGUGCCAGUCUACCUGAGGCCCCUGGACCAGAAAGAUGCUUCUAUGAAGCUGUGGUGUGCUGCGGGUGUGAACAUGUCAGGAGGGAAGAUCAGAGAGGGAGAGUCCAUGUUGGAAGGACAGAGCAGGAAGGGCUCUGUGAGCAGCCUGGACCAUUUAGAGACAGAGAACAAGGAGCAGGAGAAAGGUGACCAGGAGAAGGAGAAGGAGUUGCGCCUGCAGGAUGAGAUGUCCUGCAGGGUGUGGAUCUGUACCAGUACCCACUCCUCUACUAAAGUCAUGGUGCUAGAGGCCAACCAGCCCUCUGACCUGCUGGACAGCUUCUACGCCUGCAACUCACACGUCCUCUGCAUCGCCAGCAUACCAGGUGUGUUGGAGACAGACUACCCUGCAGGGGAGGAGCUACCUGUACCCCAGGACCUGGAGUCCGGGCCAGUUGAUGGCGUGUCAUUGACAGGCAGCGUGGCCAGUCUGGGCUCCGCGGGCAGCGACGGCGCCUUGGCAACGGGGACCACCGCCGUCCUCCAGAUGGCCGGGGCAGGGCUCAAUGACCUCCCGGCCCAGCACAGCUCAGUGGAUCUGUCCAGAGAGCCCAGUCCUGCAGAGGAUGGGGUCCCCACGGCGGAAGAGGCCACAGAGGCUACAGAGGAGGGGGAGGAGAGCCAGGGGCUGGUCGUCAGUCAGCCAGGCAUCUACACAGAACAUGUGUUCACAGACCCUCUGGGAGCCGGUCACCAUGAGUCCUCCACUGCAGACACACAGAGGGACCAGGAGGGGGUGGGUGAGGCGUCUCUUCCCGACGACAUGCUCCCUGCUGGGGAGGACGUCCAGAGGAUGAGCAGCGCCCUGCCCACCAUGUGGCUGGGGGCCCAGAACGGAUGUUUGUAUGUGCACUCAUCUGUGGCUCGGUGGAGGAAGUGUCUCCACGCCAUCAAGCUAAAGGACUCCAUCCUCAACAUAGUGCAUGUGAGAGGAAGAGUCCUGGUUGCCUUGGCUGAUGGCACGUUGGCUAUAUUCCACAGAGGCCUGGAGGGACAGUGGGAUCUGACCAACUACCACCUACUAGACCUGGGCCGGCCGCACCACUCCAUCCGCUGUAUGACAGUGGUGCAUGACAAGGUGUGGUGUGGCUACAGGAACAAGAUCUACGUCAUCCAACCCAAGGCCAUGAGGAUAGAGAAGUUGUUUGACGCCCACCCCCGGAAGGAGAGUCAGGUGCGUCAGCUGGCCUGGGUGGGAGAUGGGAUCUGGGUAUCCAUCCGCCUGGACUCCACCCUCAGACUGUUCCACGCCCACACCUACCAGCACCUCCAGGACGUCGACAUAGAGCCCUACGUCUCCAAGAUGCUGGGUACGGGUAAACUGGGCUUCUCCUUCGUCAGGAUCACAGCCCUCAUGAUAUCCUGUAGCCGUCUGUGGGUCGGAACAGGAAAUGGUGUCAUCAUCUCCAUCCCGCUGUCAGAAGCUAUAGGUCCUCCUCAGCAUGGAGUCUUACUGAGGGGCCUCAGGGCCAACAAGACAGCGGGGGCAGUGCCAAAUCGCCCUGGCGGUGCCGUGCGGGUGUUCAGUGAGGAGGGCACAGAGAGCACUUUGCCAGGCAGCUACGUGCCCUACUGUUCCAUGGCACAGGCACAGCUGUGUUUCCACGGACACAGAGAUGCAGUCAAGUUCUUUGCAGCCGUCCCAGGUCAGGUGAUCCCGUCCCCCGGACCCGGAGGGGAUUCUGGGUCGGAUGACCCCGCCUCUGAGUCGUCUGACAUGGCGACCUCUGAACCUGCCAAAACCUUCCUGGUCAUGAGUGGAGGAGAAGGCUACAUCGACUUCAGAAUGGGUGAUGAUGUAGGAGAGGUGGAUGGCAGCCUAUCGGAACCCACCAUGAAGCAGGCCACCCCCGCCAAACCAGAACGCAGCCACAUCAUCGUCUGGCAAGUCACUUCCUGCCAGGAGUGAGCCAAUCACAGACUGCCACAUCACUACUUGGUCGCACAACCACCCCGCAUGCCCCUCCCUUAGGUUUUAAGUUGUUAUUAUUGAUAUUAUUAUUACUUCUGUGGAUGACUACAUUGUUGCUAAGGAUUCUUUUUAGUGUCUGUUUUAAAUGUAUCCAUGAAUUUGGGGCCUAAUGUUUGCCAGGCAAGGUUAAAGUGAAGCAGUGAAGUCAACUCCUGAUAAGUGCACAUGGGAUAGAUAAGUGCACUCAUUUUAAGUGCAGUGCACUUCACCGGGCCCUUUUCAAACCGUUGUUUUCACUUGCUCCAGAUAUCUGCAGCACAUUCUAGAAGUCGACUGCGGUAUAAAGGCAGCUCCGUGUUUUAAAGUAACUGUCCAGUGAAAAUCUCACUGUUAGAAGUUUGUAUUCUGUUAACUAACUCAUACUCAAAUAAUAUUGUUGACACGUUAAAUCCCCUCCUCAAACUUGUAUCUCAAACGGACCGUUUCAAAAAUGCUUGCUAUUUCAUUGAGGAUGAUGUCAUCCUCCUGAGGAUGAUGUUGCUGGCCAAUCAGCGGUCUAUUCACAUAAAUAUUUUUUAUGACCGGUAUAUGCCCACACCAUUCUGUUGUUGGGGUAAGACCACACCAUUCUGUUGUUGGGGUAAGUCCACACCAUUCUGUUGUUGGGGUAAGUCCACACCAUUCUGUUGUUGGGGUAAGUCCACACCAUUCUGUUGUUGGGGUAAGUCCACACCAUUCUGUUGUUGGGGUAAGUCCACACCAUUCUGUUGUUGGGGUAAGUCCACACCAUUCUGUUGUUGGGGUAAGUCCACACCAUUCUGUUGUUGGGGUAAGUCCACACCAUUCCAUAGAAAAGCAGCUUUUAUUUAUUUUUUACAUACUUAAAUUUUUAAAACUAGGAAAACUAUUUCACUCAUAUUGUCAUUAAUUAUAGGUCAUAUUUCAUUGAAAUGUGGAAACACUGGACAGUUACUCUAAAGGGACAGACUUAUUAUGCCAGGUUAUUACAUAUGUACUGUACCAUCAUGUGUCGGUGCUACGUACUUCCUAUAGUUCAAUAAGAAUCAAAUAACGUCAUUUUCCUGUGAGGCAAACAUCUUAUAUGAUAUUUACUGCACAUACAACAAUGGCACAGGAUGAACAAAUCAUUAAAAUAACAGUACAGUCAACAAAGAUGAGGAACUGCAUUAUAUUGAUUUAAGAUGACAUUGAAUAAGGGAACAUCAGUAUUGUAUGUUUAGAAACAGAAGACAAAAGGGAAUGGUUAAGGGGUUUUGCACUGAAUUGAUAUCUGAUGUUGUAAAGUUAUGAUAUGGGACUGUAUGUGUGUGGGUUCACUGUCGCCUUUACCGUGCCGAGCAUUUUAGAUCGUAACCUUUGAACAAAACAGAUUUAUUUUUGCUACCUUUGUGGUGUUGGUAAUGUGAGCAAUGUUUGGGCACCUCUGUGUGUAGAACGGACUGUGAGAUGUAAUGUAGGGCCCUGUUCCAAUACUUUAAAAAGCCUUUCUUAUUUCCUCACUUUCUUGAAGUAAUCGGGGAGAAAAGAUCUAUUUUGAAGUAUUGUAACGGUGUCGAAGUUAGUAUCAGCCUGCAUGGGGAAGUCUUGUACUGUAUCUCCGUCCAAAGGUCUGCUUGCUCUGCCAUUUUGGGCCAAACUCUCUGUUCUGCCAUUUUGGGGAAAUGUGCUCCUGCUGCAAUUUAGGGUCUUCCCUCAUGCUAAAUCUCCCUGGCACUUUUAAACAUAAUGUAGGCCGCUUGAAGUAGAACACCCGUCCGUGGUAAUGUUCACUUAUACUAAAAAUGUGCUAACUAUUUUAGGGGAAAAGGGUGUGACAGACUAUUUAUUUCUGUCAAGGUGUAACCAGUUACCAAAGGGAAAAAAAUGAAGUAUGAAAAGAAUAUUAAAUGUCAUUCGUAUCUAACAUUAUCCAUUUGCAUCUUCUCUGGGGGUUUUAAGUAAAGUCAUAAUAGCAAUGAUUUGAUGAUGAAUAUAUAUUUUUGAAGGUUUCAUCUCUGAAAAAUGGUAUAUUUCACAGGGAAUUGAUUAAUGAACGUAAGUGUUGACGUUGCACCUUAAAAAGCAUUGUCCACACAGAACUAAGUUUGCUUUGUGUUUCAUUUGUUUUUGUGUUUUUACAAAUGCAUUCAAAUAACUUUUUUUACUUUUGAUUUUGUGCUCUUUGUACUUGUUGUCUGUGAGACACUUCUAUAAAUGAAUCUGUAUUUUGAUGGUGUCUGUUACCCGAAAGCAGAAAAACCAAUAGACAAGUGUUUCAUUUUUAUAUAUUUGAAGGAAAAAAAACUGGGUUGGGAUUGGUUAGGCCUCGGCCUAUUUAUUUUCCAAUUCAGAAGAAAUAACGUUCACAUCGUGUUGUAGCCAUUCCAGUAUUUAUUUUUCUUAUUGAGCAUCGGUGGUUCAGAAUGUAACUUUCUACAUGAAUAAACAUAAUAGGAGAAUAUUCAAAGUGAUCAGUAAUAAUGGUGCCAUAAAAUGAAACCAUGGUCAAUAGAAAAUGGAAAAUACACAAUGAUCAACGCUAAACAGUCCUGUAACGUCUGUGGACUGAUCAGGACAACUACACAUUCAUGGUACCAAGCUAUGCAUGUUUUUUUUAAAGAACACUGCUAAGUAUUGUUUGGUUCAAAUCCCUGUUAACUGCCACCGUUUUGGGUGGGUAGAUGUCUCCAUGUGUGUGUGGCUUGCAUUUGAGUGUGUGGGUGUGUGUGUGUGUGCGUGCGUGCCUGUGUGUGUGCAUACGUGUAUCUCCAGAGGAUGGUCUGUAGUAUGUACCAGGCCUUUCUCUGGGCCCCUAAAGCCGUAUGGCCAUAACUGUGGUUUCUCCUGGUAAAUGUUUGCUAAAACAGCAUCAUAGCCUUAUUUUUAACAAUCUAUUAAACUCAAUUUCAUGGGGAAUUCA